CCGGACUGGGAGCGCCGGAGCGUCUCGGAGACCCCCGGCUCCCUGCCAUGGGCCGCCGGAGGGCGGGGCGUGGGCCCGGGGCCGGAGGCGGCCGUGCACGGCGCCCCGUGGGCCGCUCCCUGGAAGCCUUCACGGAAGAGGUCGGCGCGGCGCUGCGCGGUGAGUGCAGGGUGAUGGGGAGAGCUCUGGGUUGGGGUCGGAGGUCGAGGGGCAGCUGGGGGUACCCGCGCCUGAUGCCUGGUCCCCUUCUCUCUCCCGGUGCAGCGUCCCUGGAGGCAGAGGCUGCCGGGGACGAGAGCCGCCCGGGCGCUGCGGGGCUGCCCUGCCCGCUGGCCAUGUGGGAGCUGGGCCACUGCGACCCCCGGCGCUGCACCGGCCGCAAACUGGCCCGCCUGGGCCUGGUGCGCUGCCUGCGCCUGGGCCACCGGUUUGGUGGUCUGGUGCUCAGCCCCGUGGGGGCCCAGUACGUGUCCCCCGCAGACAGACAGCUGGUGGCCCAGUCAGGGGUAGCUGUCAUCGACUGCUCCUGGGCCAGACUGGAUGAGACGCCGUUUGGCAAGAUGCGGGGGAGUCACCUGCGGCUGCUGCCCUACUUGGUGGCUGCCAACCCUGUGAACUACGGCCGGCCCUGCAAGCUGUCCUGUGUGGAGGCCUUUGCGGCCACCUUCUGCAUCUUGGGCUUUUCCGACCUUGCUGUCAUUUUGCUGCGGAAGUUUAAGUGGGGCAAGGGCUUCCUGGACCUGAACCGCCAGCUCCUGGACAGGUAUGCGGCCUGCAGCGGCCCAGAGGAGGUGCUCCAGGCCGAGAAGGAGUUCCUGGCCAGUGCCAAGGAGAGCCCCGAGGAGGAGAUGGAUCCCUUUGACGUGGAUUCAGGGCGGGAGUUUGCAAACCCCAAUAGGCCCCAGGGCGGCACCUGGCUGUCCCCAGACAGCGGUGACAGUGACGAGGAUGAGCCUGAGGAGCGGGGGCCUGCUGCUGAGGAUGGAGCAGACAGCGGCAGCAGCAGCAGUUGCCCUGAGGAGGAGGAGGAGGAGCCGGGGAGGGGGGCCAAGGCUGGCACCCUGGAAAAGGUCUGGAAAGGAAUCAGGAGGCGACAGAGAGACUGAGGGUGGCAGAUGUGUAUUUUGCACGGCUGGGUGAGAGGGACUCUGGAGGUGGCAGUGGGAAGUGGGGAGCAGGCAGGUCUGGCGGUCCCAGCCCUCGGUGGCCGUCAGUAGUACUGGACUCUGGUUCUCUGCCAAUGCGCUGCCCAGCUCCUGGGUCCUGUCCUGGAGCGCCUCAAUGAAGCUGGUAGU